GGCAGCUGCCUUCAUUUGGGUACGAAAGACAAGGGAGCCCUGAGGCCUUGAAGCACUGGGUGGUGGUGGAGAAGAAAUCACAUUUGCCUUUCCAGUCCCUCUCCCACCUCGGAGACCAGCCCCUUCUCCCUGCCCGCCAGCUCCCAACACUGGGGCUAUUCACGGGGCCCCUCACCAGCUGCCUGCCCUCCCCUCACUUCAACCAGCUCCCUCCGCUGGACCAAGCCCAAGAGGAGGACCCAGCUGCAGCUCCAGAUGUGGAAGGCGCAUGCUGGGGGAGGGGAAGAAGGGGAGUCUGACUCCCAGCCUCUUGCAUCACCCUCAGAUGAUGAAACCACGUCAGAGAUUUAGAAAAGGGCGCGGGCUAGGGGUGGAGGGUGCAUAUUUGGUGCCAUCCUCCUCCCUUCCCCUCCCCCACCCAACCAAAAUAACUGCUCCACCAUAGCCCACAUCCCAGUUUGGUUUGGUCAGACCAAAAAGCAAAAGAUAAUUUCAAGGGCAGAUUUCAAGGGCAAAUCAACACCCUCUACCCAAUCUGAUGGAAAACAGCAGCACCACCUCGGGUGUCCUUGGGAGACCAGCAGAGUGCUGAGGAGUCAGACCCUGGACAUGCUCUUCCAACCAAGAUGAGAACUGGGGAAGACACUGACAUUUAUGGACCAUCUACAUGAACAAGUGCUUUCUAAGACAGUGUUAGAGCAGGUGUGGGCAACCUCAGCCUUCAGUCAUCUAGUUCAGCAAGAGCCCUUUUCAGGUGAGGACACUGAGGCCCAGGGAGGUGAAGAGAUGAGUCCAGGGUCACGCAGCGAGCUGCUGACCUGGCACCCGAAACCCCAGAGGGGGCAGUGCCCCCCACAGUGUGGUGGGACCCACAGGCUGAACACUGGACUGCCAGUGCGAGCUCAUGGUUUGCAGAAGAGUCGAGUCUGCACAAAGGAACAGAAGACAGCCGGAAGCCAGAGUCACAGAGAUGCGGCUAGGCCACUCGGGCCGAGUGACCCAGGCAAGUUAGGGAGCUGUGCCCAUCAUGCGUCCCCCCACCCCGGAAUGGGGACAGUCCUCUCCCUCAUCGUGGACUGUCAUGAGCUGGAAAUGGGGUGACCUGGGCGGAGCACCCUUCACAAGGCUCCGCACAGAAUGGAAAUGAACUUCCUUCAUUUCCUGUCUCUUCUUCUAUGAGCCCCCGUCCUCUAACUGGACAGAGAACCAAUCUGUCGUAAGAUGGACAGGAAGUGGGAGAUGAGUGUGCGUGAGGCUGGGUGCAGGGGGUGUGCUGCGCUUGCCUGCCCAAGCGGUCCUCGUCGCUGGGGGUGGGGAGGAUCUCCAGCCUCUGUCGGUGGAGGGGCCAGGAGUCAGGUAGGUGUCUGCAGGGCGGGAGGGCCCCUGGGCACGCCAGACCCCUGCAGAGCACGGAUGCCCCAGGUUCUGCCUCCCCAGGUGCCACCUGGAGAGUGUCUCCACUUUAUUUUACCUGCCCAAGUUAAUGCGCUUUCUCUUUCACUCCUCACGGUCUGUGAGGCAAACAUUCAUUGUCCUCAUUUUGCAGAAGAGGAAAUGGGCUCAGAGGUCACUUGGCUAGUGUCUGGUCAUUAGUGUCUCCCGCAAGUAUUUCCGGCUCGCUGCCUCUGGCACAGGGCAGGCCAGCGUGUCCUCACUCUGGUGUGAGCUGUGGCCCCGUGACUUCCUUUGACCAAUGAAAUGCGAGCAGAACGCACAAGUAUCCCUUGUAGGUGGAUGCUUUGCACACCCGGGCACCACACACAAUUGCAUGUGGUUUAGGGUGUCUGCAAGCAAUGAACUUUCAUUGUGAGGAGCCGCUGAGACUACGAGCUGGUGUGUUACCUGGGCAGUGCCCCCCCAACCUGUACCGACGCCCCCAGAAGGCGCAGAGCGGCGUCUGGUCGGGAAAGAUGCCCUGGGCAGUGCCCCCCAGCCUGCACCGACGCCCCCAGAAGGCGCAGAGUGGCAUCUGGUCAGGAAAGACGCCCUGGGCAGUGCCCCCCAACCGGUACCGAUGUCCCUAGAAGGCGCAGAGCAGUGUCUGGUCUGGAAAGACGCCCCGGGCCCACAGUCUCUCGGGACUCCAGCUCUUCACGCAGACCCACAGACGCCACUUUGGGGUUCUGGCCUCCAGGCUACGUGGAGCCCUGCUGGCAGGUAGAAGGGGGCAGGCAUCCUCAGGAACCACUUGGAGAAGCAAUUAGGAAAACCCCAGGGCCUUUCUGCACCACUGGCUGUCACCUGGCGUGGAGUGGUCAUGGAGGGGGUGUCAGGACACACCUGCGCUAAUGUUGUGGGGAGACCCCUUCCAGGGCCUGAGAACGGACUCUUGUCUAACACUCGGAAAUGAACCGUCCGAGGAGACGCAUGUGCUGACAAAGCAAGAGGCUUUAUUGGGAAGGGGCGCCCGGGCGGAGAGCAGGAGGGUGAGGCAGCCCAGGAGAACCGCUCUGGCCUGUGGCUUGCAGGCUCGGGUUUUAUGCUGAUGGGAUUAGUUUCUGGGUUGUCUCUGGCCGAUCAUUCUGACUCAGGGUCCUUCCUGGGGGCAGGCAUCACUCGGCCAAGAGGGACUCCAGCCAGGAGGAUUCUGGGAGGUGGUAGGAUGUAUGGACUGGUGACCUUUUCCAAAUUCUUCUGGUUGGUGAGGGCUUGUUGGUUCCAAGUUCCUUCCCAGGCCCUCCUGUUGUCAGAUCACUCAUGCAGGUGGUUACCAUGGUGCCUGGUCAAGGUGGUGGUCUUGGACAGUGGCUCCCCUAACACUGACCCUGGCCCGGCUCAUUCAGCCUUCCCCACAGCACUCUGUCGGUCCUCUGUGAAACAGGGCCUCUGCAAAGGGCUGGGUAACUGCCUGGAGACCCCAGACAGAUCUGUCUUCUCAGAGACAAAGUACCGGCUUCUGCCAUUUCUGACCGUGGUGCUGGCAUCGAAGAACGGAUGCUUUCAAACUGUGGUGUUGGAGAAGACUCUUGAGAGUCCCUUGGACUGCAGAAAGAUCAAACCAGCCCAUCCUAAAGGAAAUCAAUCCUGAAUAUUCGUAGGAAUGACUGAUGCUGAAGUUGAAGCUCCACUAUUUUGGCCACCUGAUGCAAAAAGACAACUCACUGGAAAAGACCUUGAUGCUGGGAAAGAUUGAAGGCAGGAGAAGAAGGGAGCGACAGAGGAUGAGAUGGUUGGAUGGCAUCACCGACGCGAUGGACAUGAGGUUGAGCAAGCUCUGGGAGCUGGUGAUGGACAGGAAGGCCUGCGUGCUGCAGUCCGUGGGGCAAAAAGAGCCGGACACGACGGAGCGGCUGAACAACGAGAAAGAGUCAUCAGCUGCGAGCCGUGAGGUCAGUCCUGCUCAGGACCUCCCGAAGACUUCAGCCCGGGAGACAGGCUUGUGGCAGCAACACAGAGCUGCUCAGAAGAGUGACCUGUGUGCCUGGCCUCCACACCUGCUGGCUGAGGGUCGGAGCUGCAGAGCCUGUGAGAGGACCAGCCUGAUGUUGAGAUGUGCGGUUGGGGGCCGAGCUGCCCAGCUCCCCAACAAGAGACUCGGAGCCCCAUCAGGGCAGCUCGGCUUCAAGGACCACUCGGCCCGGCCAGAGCUGGGCCUGGAGAUGCACCGGGACCAGAGCCGGGGCGCCUCCGCACUUGGGAGCUGGGCCAGCCUCCUGGUUCAGAGACGCUCCAUCUGAGCUCCACAGCUUCCAGAUGAGAGAGGGGGCUUCCCGGGCCCCGAACAUGGCUCAGUGACUGCCCCCGCCCCUUCACCUUGCCCCUUCUGCAGAUCCCCCAGCACAGCUGGGCCCCAAGUCUGCAGGGGAUGGGCUGGGAGAAGCUGGGGUGCAGCAGACAGCACUCUGGCUGGGAACCUGGUUGGAAGGCUCUGCUGACCAGAGGGGCCUGCCUGCCCCCCGCCGUGGCCCCCCGCCUGCAGCCUUCCACCCUGAGUUCCCUUUGUCCUUUAUUUGGGGGCCUGACAGCCCUCCAUGGAGACACUCACUGAUCAUUUGAAGGGGAGCUGGGGAUAGGCAAGGCUGUGUACACGCCGACCAUCAGGAGGUCCUGCAUGUGGCGGAGGAAAUGGCCUGGGCUCUCCCAGAGGGUGAGAGCUAGGCUUCUUCGGAGCUGGCGUGCACCCAUCCCUUGGGCUGGGAGGCCGGCCAGACCUCCCGUGAGGGCCGUGGAGCCAUGGCGUGAGGUUGAGUCCCGCCUGGGCCCUCCUACCAACGUGGGGCCUCUGGCGCAUUACCUGUCCUGUCCUGGUCCUACUUGUAAGAGGAUGACGCUUCGUGUUGAGAACAAGAAGAAAUGGAUGUGGGGCUCCUGGAGCAAGGCCUGCCAUAGAGCUGGCAUUCUGUACGCUGGGCAUUACGUCAUUAAUAAUUCUGCUUGUGAAUGGAAACCUCCUUUUAUAGACUUUUUCCUGUUAGUUUUCAGCCAGGCUGCAGGUGGACUAUCUUCUCUCUUCCCCGGAGGAGGCAGAGGGGCAGGGACAUGUGAGUCCUCUCCGAGACAGUGGAGCCGGGGAGGCAGAUCUCACCUCGGGAGGGCCCGUGCCCCCGCCCCCUCCCCGGGUCCUGGACAGACAGGGCGCAAGGCUGCAGCCCUGGGAGGGUAACCCCAGGCCAGGGGUGGGCCCCAGCCAGGGCAGAGGGCACACUGGUCAGCAUUUCCCUGCGUUUGUUUGACAGUGGCUGAACACUUUGUGUAGAAGAGUGCUCAGCUCUGGGGUUCAGGAUAAGCCUGGGGGACCUGCUCCUGCCUUGGUACAACGUGGCCUCAGGCUGAAAGGAAAAGCUUUAGUUGCUCAGCCGUGUCUGACUCUUUGUGACCCCAUGGACUACAGCCCACCAGGCUCCUCGCUCCAUGGGA